AUGAAUUCGCUCUUCCCCGGAAUACUGACGAACUGUAUACUCGAGCCAGAGCGCAGGGAGCAGAAGAUCGAGAAUGUGUCUCUGUUUCUUAAAGUGGCGCGUGAGGUGGGGGUGACUGACCCUCAACUGUUCGAGUGUGAAGCGCUGGUGGAUGGGACUGAUCUACAUAGCGUUUACGACACGUUGCAUGCGUUGGCGUCCGUUGCAUGGGAGUUGGGGGCGGCUCCGUUUCAUAUCGUUGACCGGAACUCAUGCAGAGACGUCUUGAGUGUGUUUGAAAUGUGGCUGUCACAGUUUUGGAACGAUUUCAUGGACGCCACCGGGCCUGCUGUGAGUGAGAUGAUUGCGGCGUUUGUCAGGAACCAAUUGAAAGCCCUUAAUGAUAACAAACCCGACAAUCUAUUGGCUCAGCCGUUGACCCUUGUGCUCAAAGCACACGCUACCAUGAAGGCGCGCUUGGCCCAGGUAUGUCGCGAGGAUGCCUCGCGUUUAGUAGCGUCUCUGUGUGUCUGA